AUGUUACCAAACGGACUAAAUAUAAAAGCAAGAAAAAUCAAGAUUGAAUACAUUGAAGAUAAAAACAGAAGGCACAUUACUUUUUCGAAACGUAAAGCUGGUAUUAUGAAAAAGGCUUAUGAGCUUAGCACCUUGACAGGUACACAGGUGUUAUUGCUUGUCGUCUCAGAGACAGGACUCGUCUAUACCUUUACUACGACUAAACUUCAACCCAUUGUGACAAAACCUGAGGGUAAAAACCUUAUUCAAGCCUGUUUAAAUACACCUGAUCCUGAGGUAAAUUUUGAAUAA